AUGGCAGUUGUUGUUCUUGCUGUGAUUUUGUUGGCUAUGGCUGGUCACUCAAGUGGGACAUGGUGUGUGUGCAGAGAAGGAUUAAGCGAGGCAAUGCUGCAGAAGACACUGGACUACGCAUGUGGUGCAGGAGCUGAUUGUGGACCUAUUCACCAGAACGGACCUUGCUUUAGCCCUAACACCGUCAAGUCUCACUGCUCCUACGCCGUCAACAGUUUCUUUCAGAAGAAAGGUCAGUCUCAGGGCACUUGUGACUUCGCCGGCACAGCCACCGUGUCAGCCUCUGAUCCCAGCUACACUUCUUGUCCUUUCCCUGCAAGUGCCAGUGGUAGUGGGACCACGACACCAGUGACGACAACACCUUCGACAAGAAUCCCUACGACAACCAAUACAAGACCCUACACAGUCACACCUUCAGCAGGAGGAGGAUUGGGCAUUCCGUCUGGAACUGGGGGGUUUAACCCAGAUUACACAGAUCCAUCCUUUGGAUUCAGACUCCAAAACCCAAGAGCUACUCUGUUUUUGUCUGCAUUCGUAGUCUUCACCUUCUCACCGUUCUACUUGUUGGGCUAG